AUGGAACAUAUUAAAAACAGCAAUCGCGAAAAAAUUAAAUUUGAAUCAACUACUCUAGAGAAUCAAAGGCUUCAACAAGGUUUAAAAGAAAUCAUUACUGCGGCCUGGAAAAAAAAUCUACAAGAUAGAAUUAGACUUGCUAAAAUAUUCUUAAAACUUGAACAAUUAUCAUUAAAUUGUAAUCAACCAUGCUAUAGAACUUCUUUUUAUCCUAAUGGCUAUUUAGAUUUAGAUAGUUUGAAAUUAAAUAAGCAACAAUCAAUUACAGAACCAAAUGAAACCUUUAUUACAAAGAUGAAAUUACUUGAAGAAGGCAUCAUUAUACAUAAGAAUAAAGAUUAUGAAAAGGCUUGA